CUAAUAGCUUACAUGCAAAGAUAGUGAAACCCUAAACAAAAACUCCUUGCAAUUAAUGUUACAAAGUCUGAUAUUUGAAAUUCAAUCCACAAACUCUCCUCCUCCUCCUCUCUCCACCCCACAAAUCCGCCUUUGUUUUCUUCCAAUGUCCUUUACGUGAAUUCCCGUAGUAAUUUAUCCCCACUUUUCUCCCUCUUAUAUAACAGCAUUGGAUUCCCACUCUCUCCCCAGAACACACCUCAAUGGCCGGAAUGGGUUUCCUCUCCUGCAUUCUCUUUGCUUUCCUCUUUCACUGUCAUUCCCAAGUUGCCCACUCCCGCAGCUCGCCGUUGACCUCCAAAACGACGGUGCUCGACGUCGCCGCUUCGAUUCGGACGACGCUAAGAGCUCUGUCGUCCGAGGAUUUAAGUAGAACGGCACAGGCAUUGUCCCAGCAAGACCAUAGCUCGCUUUCUGUACCUUUACACUCUCGAAUUUCACUUCACAAGCCUUCUCACAGCGACUACAAGUCCCUCACUUUGGCUCGACUCGAGCGCGACUCGGCCCGAGUCAGAUCUCUCACCACUCGGUUGGAUCUGGCUGUUAGAGGUGUUGCCACGUCGGACCUUAAACCCGUGGAAACCGGCAGCGGGUUACAGCUCGAUGCGGAUGGUUUUGAGGGCCCCAUUAUUUCCGGGACGAGUCAGGGUAGCGGCGAGUACUUCUCCCGAGUCGGGAUCGGAAAACCGCCGAGUCAGGCCUACGUGGUGCUCGACACCGGGAGUGACAUCAGCUGGGUGCAGUGCGCACCCUGCGCCGAUUGCUACCAGCAAGCCGACCCUAUCUUCGAGCCGGCUUCCUCGACUUCCUUCUCGCCGCUCUCGUGCGAAUCCCAACAAUGCAAAUCCCUCGAUGUGUUUGAGUGUCGGAACGGCACGUGUCUCUACGAGGUGGCGUACGGUGACGGCUCGUACACUGUCGGCGACUUUGUGACGGAGACAAUCAGCAUAGGCGGGGCUUCGGCGAAGGAGAUUGCCAUCGGCUGUGGCCACACCAACGAGGGCUUGUUCGUCGGAGCGGCUGGGCUUCUCGGACUCGGCGGCGGCUCACUCUCUUUUCCAUCCCAGCUCAAUGCCACGUCACUUUCCUACUGCCUCGUGGACCGCGACUCCGACUCGGCAUCGACCCUCGAUUUCAACUCGCCGCUCCGUCCCAACGCCGUUACUGCUCCGUUACGCCGCAACUCUCAGCUGGACACGUUUUACUAUCUCGGUCUGACCGGACUCAGCGUCGGUGGCUCAUUGCUCCCGAUUCCCGAGUCCGCUUUCCAGAUAGACGGGAGCGGAAACGGCGGAAUCAUCAUCGACUCCGGCACGGCGGUGACUCGACUGCAGACGGACACAUACAACGUGCUUCGCGACGCGUUCAUGAAAGGCACUAAGGACUUGCCGUUUACGAAAGGGCCAGCGUUAUUCGACGCGUGUUACGACCUGUCAUCGAGGAAGAGCGUGGAGGUUCCGACGGUGUCGUUUCACUUCGCCGAUGGGAAAGUGUUACCGUUACCGGCCAAAAAUUUCCUUAUACCGGUCGACUCGGACGGGACGUUUUGCUUUGCGUUCGCGCCCACGCCCUCUUCGCUGUCAAUCAUUGGGAAUGUCCAACAGCAAGGGACACGUGUCGGUUUCGAUCUAGUGAAUUCUGUGGUCGGGUUCUCCCUCAACCAAUGUUAGAACGGAAAUCAUGGGUUUUAUGCUUUGACCAUGUUCAGUUUUCUGUCCAUGUUACCAGCAUAAUAUCUUUUUAUGUUCUUUUUUAGUUAACUUUUAUUUAGGAUCCGCAAGGUGCUUUUUAUUUUAUUUUUGUUGAUGAUGAUUUGACUCGUCUGGAUUUAUCAUCCAGUUAAAGGUUCAAUCUAAGUUGAGUACGUUUUUCUUUCUUA